CUCAUUGGAAUCGUAGUGUUGGCCAAUUACAUGAUAUGAGCUUAGGUCACACCAACAUUACUUCGCGGCAAAGCCCUCAAGUCCCAACCUCACCGUCGUAUCGGGUCGUAUGACUACGAAAGAUAUUCAUAUGACAAUACAAUUUUUAGCAUAUGAGUUUGUAUCUACGUUGUGGCCACAAGGGCAGAGUUCGAUUAGUCUAACUCACAGCCGAUCCUGUAUCAUGGAUCUGUCCAAGGAUUGAUCAUGUUCUACGAAUGUAGUAUUUUUUUUUUAGCUCUACGCGGCUGCCGAAGGUAGGGGAUGAGCGUAGGGAGCCGGUGAACAUUGGAAUAUAAAUUAUCCCAUAUCUCUCUUCUAGCUAAUGAACAAAUCUCCAUAGAAUCAUAACAAGACAACUCAAACAUAUAUAAAAGUAACUCUAAUCAAUACUCUCAUCAAUAUGCAUUUCCUCAACAUCCACAACAGAUCCAACCACGAACAGAUCUUCCAGUGUCAUGGUUACAAUGGAAACCAGGAUCUAAAGAUCAAAGCAAACGGCCAAGCCAAGCUUGAGGCUCCUGAUGGCUCUUCUGGGGCCAUCAUUGCCGUCCAUGAGGGCUUUAUCGGCGAGCAAUGCGAGAUAACAAAGCACGGCUGGAUGGGAAACGACACCAUCGAUAUUAGUAACAUCUGCGGCGCCGGUGGAAACAUGACUUGCCAACAGGUCGGUGACCCGGCCGGAAAAUUUAAAGGCCACGAGACCUUCAUGCAGGCUUGCAACACGGCAUACCACAAGCUUCCACAGGAUAAGAAGAAUCAGCUUGAGGGUCAUGUCUUCCUCGAUGACAAAGGCAACGUCAAACGUAUUGGGGCUCCGAAGGACUUCAGGCCCCUAGAGGAGUUCGUGAGGACCUUUGCUGAUGGACGAACUUAUAUCGGCGUUGGCGCAUGGGGGCCCAACAAUGGAAACCCUCACGACAAUGAGCAGAGCAAGGCCGGCAACGGUAGCAAGGAUAUUCUAAUUAUUUACAGUGAUUACAACGCUGCCCCCGACCCCAACAAGCCAUUCACCGGCCAGUCCGUUGAAGCGGCCUCUUUCGUAUCAUUCGCCGCAGCCCCCGCAGGACUGGUUGAACAGCCCAUGACUGCCAGCUCCUCGGGCCCCGGUAUUCUCCUGACCAAUCGCUCUAGCAAGGCGCAUAGAUACUUCUUCUACGACAACUACUGGAACGGCAACGGCGCGGCUGGCGCUAACUUCGACCACCCGCUGACGAACGUCGAAGUGGAGCCGAACAAGACCGUCCACGUGCCCCUGAAGCUCGAGUUCAAGGGCCGCGUGCAGCGCGGAGACCAGCAGCCCGCGACGUGGGGCGAGUUCCAAGUCAAAGCCGUCGACGACGGGCGUGCGCACGGCGACAUCUCGAUCCAGCAGGGGUGCGACGGCGCUGCUACCGUUGCUUCGACGGACGGUACCAACGUGUCGAACGGGUUUACCCAGGACAUCCUCAAAGACGCGCCGGCGGCCGCGCUCGACAAGAAGCCUAGCGGCGAGAAGACGCUUGCUAGCACCGAGGGUAACUGGAAGGGCCCGGGAAACCAGGCUGCUAUCGAUUGGGCGUACAAGAAGCUGGGACAGGGGAAGGCUUACAUUAAGGGGGGGAGCGGAGUGCCGGAUGUGGCUAGUAAGAACAACUGCCUUCACUUCACCUUUUACGUGCCAUAAGUAGAAUAGGGGUACUUUCGUAUUUAUUUCCGCAGAAGUUUGAUUUAGGUUAAACGAGGGAUAUCUCAGGGACGGACAGAUACGAGAGGGAUCCAGCGAUAGGCUGAUAUAGAACAAUGUGAUUGGCGGGGGCUGGGUGAGGUAGCUGUAUGUACAUAGACUCUUCUUCAUAUAUAGCACAUUCAUUUAAGUACCUAGAUUAAUUUUAUUAUAUUAAAA